AUGUCGAGCGAAAACAAUUUUCCUUGGAGACCUGACGAAGGCCAUACGCUCUGGUGGGAAGAACAAGAUGAAAUUUACUCUGCUGACACUAUUGCAGCUACGAUCUCACAAGCAUCGACGGCAGUGGCCUGUAGGGUUUACACUAACCUAGAAUUAUUAUGUGCUCAUCUAUGUCAUCUACCACCAUAUUCACAGAGAAAACAAAGAGAGUGGCUUGAUCAUAUGGAUAUAAACAUUCUUUCGGAGACACGCGUCGAUGACCUUUCUACAUUAUUGACCACUACCGCUUUUAAUCAACUUUUAUUAUUAGAAUCUACCACAGGCAAAAUCAGUCGCCAAGAAGCUGAGUUCAUGUAUGCUUUACUUUCACGAGACAUUUUGAUUGACAUUAAAUCAACGGAAGAAGAGAUUAUUAAAUAUUUCCGUCAAAAGUGUGGCGAUAAUGAUGCAGAUAUCAAUAUUGUCGACGAAUUCGAAGAGUAUUAUGAUCCAAUCAAUGUUAUUUUCUGGUAUACGCGUGAUACAUUUCUCUAUCGUCUACUGAACAAGGCAUUGAGAGAACAGGACAUAGAUACACUAUAUUUGCUACGGUACUUUAUCAGAGAUCUUCAUUUACAGAUCAGAAAACGACACAGCGCACAACAACAACAACAGUUAGCACUGGCAGCAGCAUGCGUUAUGAACGAUAAUACGACUACGAUUAACACGAAUAAUGAACGAAUCGCAACAGUUUAUCGAGGGCAACUAAUGAGUAACGUAGAAUUUGAUAGAAAAAUUCGACAUAACAUUAAUGGAUACUUCUCCGUGAGCAGUUUUUUGUCGACAACUGUACACGAAAACUUGGCCCGUGAAAUAUAUGCUGGUAAUCGUAGCAACGGCAGUAGUGAUACAACUGCUGUAGAACAAAGUAUUUUGUUUCGAAUCGAUAUUGAUCUACACAUCAAUAAAUUUCCCUAUGCAAAUAUUUCUGCAGAAAGUGCAUUUGAUGAUGUAGAAGGGGAAAUUCUAUUUACAAUGGGAUCCGUGUUUAGAAUAGUAUCAGUACAUCUCAACGAAGACGGUGAUUACUGGAAUGUCAUACUAAAACUAACAGACGAAGAAGAUAAAGAACUUCGAAUACUACGUGAAUUUAUAAAAAGCGAUACAGUGGAACCGAAUCCGCUCGAAAGCUUAGUAAGAUUAUUGAUAGGAAUGGGCAGAAAUAAAGAAGCUGAACGGUACUGUUUGACAUUACUGGACAAUCUGACAUUCACAUGCAAUUUGAUUGAUCUCGCCAGUGUUUUCAACAAUCUUGGAUUCAUCUACCAAGCAUUGAGUCAAUAUAAGAAAGCGAUCGAAUAUUUUGAAAGAACACUUGAAAUUAUGCUAAAAUACUCGCUUGAAACGGAGACUUCUGCAGCAACUGUGUACAACAAUUUAGGAAGCAUUUAUAACGAUCAAGGCGAAUAUGAUGAAUCGUACACAUACUACACGAAAGCAGUAGAAACUGAACUCAAUAUGACCAGUCCGAAUCAACGAGCUAUUGCAACUUACUAUAGUAACAUUGGAAACGUUUGCAAUGUACAAAAACGUUAUACUGAAGCAAUAGAAAUGUUGGAAAAAUCUGUUGAAAUUAGACUGAAAGUUUUGCCUGCUAAUCAUCCGGAUAUGGGAACAUCCCUUAUUAAUAUUUCACAAGUCUUCAAUGCACUCGGCCAGUACGAGAAGGCAAUCAAUUACUUGAAGAAAGCAUUUGAAAAUAACUUCAAUUCACUUCCACCCGAUCAUCCAUCAUUGUCCAUUAUACGUAACAAUUUAGGACAAUUGUAUCAUAGACAAGGGAAAUUCAAAGAAGCUCGUGAAAUGUAUGAAAGAUCACUUGAAAUUCAACUUAAAGUUUUUCCGGCUGAUCACCCUGAUAUUGCAUGGACAUACAACAACAUUGCUGCAAUGUAUGGAGGGGAUGGGGACUCUACUGAAGCAUUGGAAUAUUACCAUAAAGCACUUCAAAUUGAACUACAUUCGCUUCCAUUGAAUCAUCCAGAUAUAGCAGCAACUUAUAACAAUCUGGCUUCACUAUUGCAAGAACGGGGUAAUUGUGAAGAAGCACUAAUGUUGUAUGAAAAAGCUCUACAAAUUUGGUUAAUAGCUCUUUCGUCUAAUCAUCCUCAAGUUGCAUUAUGCUACAGUAACAUUUCAUCAAUUUACUCGGAAAAGGGUAACGAUGAUAAAUCAAUGGAAUAUUUAAACAAAGCGCUUCAAAUACAAAUGACUUCAAAUGGUCCUGAAGAUCAUCCAGAUUUUGCACCAAUUUAUCGCAAUUUGGGAAGGGCAUAUUACGCACAAGCUAAAUUUCAAAAUGCGUUAGAAAUGUUUGAAAAAGCUCUAGAAAUCUGGGUAAAAGUUCUUACGACUAAUCACAUGACGCUUGCACUGUUGUACGCUGACAUUUCGUUAGUCUACGACUCGCUUGGCGAAUACGACCAAGCACUUGAGUAUUUAAAGAAAUCUCUUGAAACAUCCCAGGAUUCUUGUUCAGAAAUCUGUUCUGGUUUCGCAGCCAAAUGUAAUCAACUUGGUACAGUAUAUUAUAAACAAGGUAAAAUCGAAGAGGCACUAGAAUUGUAUGAGAAAUCUCUAGAAAUUCAAUUGAAAGUUCUUCGUCAAGAUCAUCCUAACCUUGGAGCAUGUUACGGUAAUAUAUCGCAAGUACAUUCUGCUCGUGGUGAUUACGAUAAGGCAAUUGAAUAUUUAAACCAAUCACUUGGAAUUCAACUAAAUAGUCUUCAUCCAAGUCAUCCAUCCUUAGCUGUAACCUACAAUAAUUUUGGGCUCGUAUAUUAUAACAAAGGACAACUGGAAAUAGCAUUAGAAUUCUAUGAUAGAUCUCUUGAGAUCCAAUUAAAUGUUCUUUCUUCUAACCAUCCUGAUCUUGCCACAACUUACAAUAACAUUUCAUUAGUUUAUUGUGCCUGUCGUGACUAUGAAAAAGCAGCUGAGUAUUUGAACAAAACGCUUCAAAUCAAAUUAAGUUCUCUUUCAUCCGAUCAUCUUGAAGUAGCUACAACUUAUUCUAACUUAGCAGCAGCCUUGUACGGGCAAGAUAACAUGACAGAAGCCUUGCAUUGUGUACAGAGAGCAUAUGAUAUUCAUAUCAAAAUUCUUCCAUCAGAUCAUCCUGAACUUCUUCGCAAUAUAAACUGGAUUAAGCGUAUUGAAGAUGAAUUAGUUUCAACGCAACAAAACGUCGAUUGA